AUGGCCAGGGCCUGCUUGCUGAUCUUGGUCUUGAAGAUGUGUGGCAUCCAUACAGAGGAGGAAACAAGGAACUUCUGGGGCAGGGAAAGAAAUGACUCGCAGGUCCCAAGUGAAGAGUGGAAGCAACGGCUGCCCAAAAGUAUAAUUAUUGGUGUGCGGAAAGGAGGCACGCGGGCUCUGCUAGAGAUGCUGAGUCUGCAUCCCCAGGUGGCAGUCGCCCAUUCUGAAGUGCAUUUCUUCAAUGUGGAGGAGAAUUACCACAAAGGAUUGGGAUGGUACAGCCAGCAGAUGCCAGUUUCACACCCCACUCAAAUCACUGUGGAGAAAACACCAGGCUAUUUCUCCUCCCUCAAGGCUCCAGGAAGGAUCUAUAUGGUAGACAGCUCCAUGAAACUCCUCCUGAUUGUGCGGGACCCUGUGGAAAGGUUGGUGUCCGAUUACACCCAGAUCCUCCACAACCGCAAGGCUCAGCACAAGCCCUACAGAACUCUCGAGCAGCUCCUGUGGAGGGGCGAGGAACUAAACACCAGGUAUAAGGCCAUGCAGCGCAGCCUCUAUGCGCUACACCUGGCUCGGUGGCUGGAGGUCUUUCCUAGGACACAGAUCCACGUGGUGGAUGGUGGCAGCCUCAUCCGGGAACCUCUCUCAGAAAUGCGCCAUGUGGAGCGCUUCUUGGGACUGGAGCCUUACCUGAGCCCAGACAACUUUUACUUCAACCAGACGAAGGGCUUCUACUGCCUUCAGGCAAGGGGGCAUCAGCGUUGCCUGGACCAAUCCAAAGGGCGACCCCAUCCCAGAGUAGAUGAAUUACUGCUGGAACAACUCUGCACUUACUUCAGUGAGCACAACGAGAACUUCUUUGCCAUGGUGGGACAGACGUUCAACUGGUGCUGA